AUGAACCAAAUCAAUGCUAUGAGCCAACUUGCGAGUUUUUCCGAAAACUUGUCUAUAGACAACAUAAAGAGCCAAGCCAUGGCUAUUAAGUCCAAAUUUGGUUCUCUACGUUCCGUUCAAGACUUUUUCAAUAUUAAGAGACUAUCCAAGCCUCAGAACUUCAGCGAAAUCCAAUCCAGAAUCUCAUACAAUCUAAACUACUUCUCCAGUAACUACGGUAUCAUUAUUGGUUGUCUAAGUAUCUACACGUUGUUGACUAACUUACUACUAUUGUUCGUCAUCUGUUUUGUUUUCCUGGGUCUGCUAGGUAUCGGCAAGCUGGAUGGCCAGGACUUGAACACACCAUUUGGCUCUUUCAAGACCACACAACUGUAUACUGGUUUGGUCUGCAUUGCUGUGCCAUUGGGUUUUCUAGCUUCUCCAUUCUCAACUAUGAUGUGGCUAAUCGGUGCCUCAUCUGUCACUGUCUUAGGCCACGCUGCUUUGAUGGAGAAGCCAAUUGAGACUGUUUUCGACGAAGAAACUGUAUAG